UCGAUCAAAAAGACAUAGGAGCCGUGCUUUGUUGUCUUAAGCCACUUGUUGAACGUAGAGCGGAAAUGUACUAUUUUCCUUGUGGUCCCUGAGCGCAUCAGCCCCUACGGAUUUUGCACGCGCUCGCCAUGGAAAAAAAAUAAUACCGACUGAAUAACAUUGCUAGUUCCUUGACUAAGUCUACUACAUGUGCUAACCAGGUCUAUUUGUAGUACCUUUCCAACUACGUACUAAUUUCUAGCACUUUGAUUGAGCAUUUCUAGUAGGUCGACUUUUUAUGAUCGCUACAUGUACAAUUUUCUCGAUGGUUCUUCAACGCAACAGCCCUCCCCCGGAUUUGGCGUGCACGCGCUCGGCUUGUAAACACAAGCUCACACGUGACUGUGUUGGAGCUGAGCUGAGCUGAUUCGUCGACGUCGUCGUCACGGAACGGACACAACAAAAGAAAACUAACGAGAAAAGGUUCGAAAGAAGACAGUGGACUGAGCCGUCCAGAAGCCGAGCCGAGCGGGUGUCAUGACAGUCGACGUGCUUUGUUCGGGCCUGCCUUCGUUCCGGGCCGCCGUUAGCUCGCGUGUCCGGGGGACGGAGCCGAGAGCCUUUGUUUCGGCCGCUCGUCUCGUGCUAAUCGGCUUGCUAGCUUGUUACAAAUUGUACUUUUCCAGCUAGUUAGCAUUAGCACGUAGCAUCGACAGCCUAGUACCACUCUCCCCCUUUGAACCAAACAUUCGUGAUCACCGUCCGCCCGUUGUCAAGCUUCGGCUUCGAUGUCCUUCGCCAUGGAGGACAACUUGGAAUCCGGCUGGGUGUCCGUCCGGCCCAAAGCCUUCGACGAGAAAGAACGACACAAAUUCGCUUUCAUCGUGGCCUGGAACGACAUCGAGGGAAAGUUUGCCAUAACCUGCCACAACCGGACGGUACAGAAGCGGACCAGCUUCCUCGACCCGCUCCUCGACUGGUGCCCGUACGAGGACGACAAGCAACCCGGGAUGAUGUCGACAAAAGACGGAGGUCGUUCGGCGAAAGUUUCUCCGAAGGGAAAAGUUGACAGUUGGGACUUAGUGUCGCCCAAGGUCACCGACAUGGAGUUCGUGGACCCCGCGGGGGCGCCGCUCUCCCCCGCGGAGGACGGCCGUCAAGACUUCAGCUGGGCCGGCCUCUUCUCCUUCCAGGACCUCCGGGCGGUUCACCUCCAGCUGUGCGCGGUCAACGCCGAGCUGGAGCCUUGCCUGCCGGCAUUCCCGGAGGAGCCGUCCGGCGUGUGGUCGGUGCUUUUCGGCGCCUCGGCCGCUUCAUCGGAGCGGGAGACGGAGGCGCUGUGCUACCAGCUACAGGUGUACCUGAGCCACGCUCUGGAUACCUGCGGCUGGAAGAUCUUCUCGCAGGUGCUGUUCACCGACAGCGACGACACCGAGGAGUACUACGAGAGUCUGAGCGAGCUGCGGAGGAAAGGCUACGAAGACGGGCUGGACAGAGCCAAGAGGCGCUUGCAAGAGGUUCUGGACAAGCACCGGGCCCUGGACAGCAUGGUGGAGCUGCUGCAGGUCUACGGCGAGGAGGACGAGGCGUACGGCCAGAUGCUGGAGGCCGCCACGCAGCUCUACCACUACCUGCUGCAGCCUUUCCGGGACAUGAGGGAGCUGGCCAUGCUCCGACGGCAGCAGAUUAAGAUCUCGCUGGAGACAGAGCGCUUGGGUCCUCGCCGGGUGGAAGGCCUGAGGAGGGAGGAUGAGGAGUGGCAGAAGAAGGCGAACGUCGCCGUCCUCGCCAUCCAGGACAUGACUGUCAAGUACUUUGAAACCACCAAUCGAGCGCUGAAAGCGCUGUACGAGCGUAUGCGCGCCGACCAGAGGAGGCUCGGCAAGUCGGCGUGGGCGGCGGCGGUGGAGCGCAUGGAGCGGCUGCAGUACUCGGUCUCCAAAGAAACGCUGCAGCUCAUGCGGGCCAAGGAGGUCUGCCUCGAACAGAAGAAGCACGGACUCAAGGAGGAGAUGCGAAGCCUGCAGGGCGGCGAGGACGCCAUGCUGCACCUGGACCAGCUGGAGGCGCUGUACUACGAACUCCAGCUGCAGUUGUACGACAUCCAGGCCGAGGUGCUGCGCUGCGAAGAGCUGCUGCUCACCGCGCAGCUGCAGAGCCUGCGAAGACAGAUCACAGAGAGGCAGGACGAGGUGGUGUACUAUGAUGCCUUCGAGAGCCCCGACGCCAUGAAGGGGGCGGAAGACCCGGUCGAACCGCCGCCUCUGCCGCCCCUUCGUGACGACGAAGAACUGCGGACCCUGCGCCAGAGGACUCGGCAGCUGGAGGCCCGCAGGGGACGCAUCACCACCAAGAAGGUCUACCUCAAAAACAAGAAGGAAAUCUGCAUCUCCAAUCACAAGCAGAAAAUGGAAGCACGUCAGGGCGUCCUCACCCCGCAGGUGCGGGAAACGGAGGAAGAGGAAGCCGAGCGGAAUGCGCAAGUGAGUCUGGAGAGGCAGAGAACUCUGGACCGACUUCGCAGCCACAAUCAGCGUUAUCCAGGUCACGUGACACUGAAGUCCAGUCGUCUGAGGCUGCUUCAGACGCAGCGGCGAGCAAGUCAGCCUCCUUGCGCGCAGGCGGCCGGCGUCCAGACCGACCGCGUGGCCUCGGACCUGCCGGAGCUCUCGGUGCCUCCUCUUGAGGACGCCUGCGAGUCCUUACCCGCCAUCCACCUGGACGACCCGGAGUCGUGUCCUCCGUUCCUCUCUCUGCCGACGGCCGUUCUCACCCUGGGUGGAGGUCCUCCGCCGCCGCCCCCUCCUCCCCCUCCGCCUCCGCCGCCAUCGGUAGCCGUUGAGCCGCGUCCGGCGUUGCUGCGCGAGUCCAAGCCCGCCUCGCUGCCUCUGGGUCCGAUCUCGCCACGCUUCUUCGACAGCAGCCAGCUGUUGACGGCCAGGAAGAAACUGAGGAAGACGUCGGCUGAGGACGCCACGCAAUGGAGGAGAGCGAGCUCCCCGAUGGACGAGGUUCUGGCGUCCCUGAAGCGCGGCAGCUUCCACCUGCGGAAAGCCGAACUGCGCGUCCUCGCCCCCGACCCGGACGACGACGGCGAGAACAUCUUGGCGCAGAUCCGGCAGGGCGUCCGUCUCCGGCAGGUGCGCGCCCCGGCGGAGCGGCCGCGCCGCGCUGAUCGCUUUGCGCACUCGGCGGACGCCCUGACGCGAAGCAUCCACGAGGCUCUGCGCAGAAUCAAGGAGGCGUCGCCCGAAUCCGAAUCGGAGGACGAGGGCCUCCCUUGCACCGACUGGGAGAAUUAGAACACCCGGUUGGCUGUGACUUUGAGUGCAAUUUGAACAAGAAGAAGAAAUUGGUUCUGAAGUGGGUUUUGUACAAGUGGACUACUUCACGCGUUUGGUCACCUGUGUACUUUGAUGUUUACUGUCGUACUGUACUUUCCUUGAAGGAGGUCCACAUGAAAAUGCACAUCAAGUAUUUUUUAAACAUCUUUUUUUUUUUUUUUACUUCACCAUCUUAUAGAAUGAACUUCAAGAUGUUUUGUAAUGAUUCUAGCUUGUGUUGUGUGUGACAGUUUAAAAUAAUGGGAUUCACUUGUCAGCGAUUUUAAAGCAACGGGAGUACAUUCUGGAGCUUUUUUUUUUAAUUAUCUAUUUAAAGCAACAAUUUUAUGCAAAUUCCACAAGUCCUUUCAAUCAGCCUUUUAAAGUAACAAUAUGCAAAUUUCGAUGAGAUAUUUUGGAAACAGCAAUUAGAAAUUUGUUGAAUUUUAUCGGCCGUUUAAACGAACGACACUGCUCCCUAAGAUCCUUUUGGUGCCGAUUCUGAUGUUUAGGUUUGUUUUUCUCAUUGAUUUUUUUGUACUCUACAUUUUCCUUUUCGAGGUGUGUCCUUUAUAUAUCACGUGUGUUGUGCGUGUGCGAGUUGAUUGGUUAUUCAUAUCCGUUCCAUCACGUAUGAAAUGUGUCGAGCGGACGCGUGUAGCAACAUGCUAGCAUCCGCGGGAAAAGUUGAGCUGAGGGCUAGCUUUGAGUUAGCAUCAAAGUGUUAACAACAUAGAUUUUGAGGGUAAUUUAGUGGUACAUCAUCACAUUGCUAAGAAAUAAAUAAAUUGGAGUUAGUUCAGCAUCACAGCACAAACCGAAAUAUUUGGAGGGAGUUAGCGCAGCAUUAGCAUCAACAACGCUAACCACCGAAAGACAAACUGUGAGUAUAACUUCACAAUUCUUUUCCCGAAAGCCGCUAACGUGUCGCUACAUGUUUAAUUUUUUUUUGUAUGUAAGUUCUGAGGAUUAAGUCUGCGUUUGUGAUGGUUAUUUUGAAGUUUGACAGUUUGUAUUCGGACCUCGCAGCAAACGUGCAAUAAUAAGCCACGUGUCAUCGUACACGUUCAAAAUAUAUAUACUGCAUGCCUAAUGUGUAUUCAAGUAUUUAUUGAUGCUUUAAAUUUUAAAAAGAUUUGCAUAUUUGUUUUUUAAUGCUCUGGCAUUUCUUGUUACUUUUUCUUUAAAAAUAAACAACCCCCAAAAAGUUGA